AUGUGCUCCAAAAGAAUAUUUAAUGUAAAAGACAAAGUUUUUGCAACAACAUCUGGUUAUCCUCCUUGGCCUGCAAUUAUAACUGAUAUUGUAAUUAAUUCAUCAUUAAAAUUAAGAUAUAAUGUAUACUUUUAUGGAACUGGUGGUUAUUCAUUAUGUAAAUCCAAACAACUAGUUCCAUACCAAAAAAAUAAGCUAAAGUUUUCAAAUCCUGAAGGAAAACUUGAUGUACUUCAACAUUUUGCUAAAGCACUUUUAGAAAUUGAAAAUGAUACUGACUCAUUAGAUCACACUAUAGAUGAUGGAUCAACGUGCAACAUAAAUAACAUACAAAAACAAGAAACGUCAUCAAAUGAAUUUGACAAAAUUAGUGACAUUUUUAAGGAAAUAAAAAGUAAAGGCGAAGAAAAAAAAAGAAUCAAAAGUCAACCAAAUUUGCGGAAAAAAAAGAAUAAGGUAAAACCAAGUAGUCCUAAAAUUCCAGAAAAAAUAUGUAGUGACCAAUCUGAUGAGGAUGUAUUGACAACAUCAAAUAACAUAAAUAGUUCUAACCAAAAAUUAUCUUCAGAUAAAUUUAAAAAUAUCAAUCAAGUUGAAAAAAUAAAUUCAUCUUAUUUAGAAGGCAAAAGAAAAAUUGAAAUUAAAGAGGACUCAAGUUUGUCUAAAAAACAGAAACAUGAAUCAAGAAAUAAUGAAUAUGUUAUUUUUAACCAAAUACUUACUAACCUAUCUGAUGAGGAUAUUCAAGAAUUUACAACAUUAAAUAACAUUAGUAAUACAAACUAUCAAUUAUAUUUAGAUAAAUCAAACUUCAACCAAGUUGGAGGAAUAAAUCAAUCUAAUUUAGAAGGUAAAGAAAAAAUAAUCAACAAAGAUAUAUUAAAUUUAUUUAAAGUAAAAAAAAAGAUACCGAUAAAGAGAAAGGGCCAUAAUAUUUCUAAAGUAAUAUCUCAUAUCAAUUAUAAUAAGGAUGCUCAAGUAUUUACAGCAUUAAUUAAUCUUAAUGAUUCAAAACAAAUACAAUCUCAAGAUAAAUUAGUAUCCAUCAAUGAAAUUACAAGAAUAAAUCAAUCUAAUUUAGAAGACAAAGAAAAAGUUAAAGAGGAAUCAAGUUUCAUUGAAAAACAGAAUCUUAUAUCAGCAAAACAUAUACUUGAUAUUAUUUCUAAUGAAGUAUACAGUAACCGAUCUGAUAACAACAAUCUGAUACAAGAAUUAACAACAUCAAGUAAUAUUAAUAAUACAAACCAACAAUCAUCUUUGGAUGAUAUUGCUGAAAUCGGCGUAUUAAAAAAAAAAAUAAAAUCUUUUUUAAAAAAAAAAAAAAACAAAGAUGAAUCAAAUUUGCUGAAAAUAAAUAAGGAACCGAUAAAGAUAAGAAGUUCAAAUAAUUUCAAUUUCAAAUCUGAGGAAGGUGCACAAUCAUUGAAAAUAUCAGGUAACAUAAAUUAUUUAAAACAGAGACCAUCUCAAAAUAAAUUAGUAACUAUUAAUGAAAUUUCAAAAAUAAACCAAUCUAAUUUAGAAGGUAAUAAUAAUAACAAAUUCAAAGAGGAGUCAAGUUUGUUAAAAACACAUUAUCUUCCAUCAAAGAAAAAUGAAACUGGUUGUUUUAUUAUUAAAGAAAUAUGUAGUGACCAAUCUAAUGAGGAAAUACAAGAAUUAAUAACAAUCAUAAAUGACAAUAAUAAGAACCAACAAUCAUUUUCAGAUGAACUGAAAAAUAACAAACAAGUUAAUGUAAUAUACCAAUCUAAUUUAGAAGAACAAGAAAAAAUAACAUACAUAGAUGAAUCAAAUUUACUUAAAAACACAAUAAGUCCUAAUAUUUUAAAUGUUGAAUCCGAGGAGGAUGCACAAGUCUUUACAACAUCAAAUAAGUUAAAUCAUUCAAAACAAAGCCCAUUUCAAGACAAAUUGGAAACUUUUAAUGGCAUUGCAGAAAUAACCCAAUUUACUUUAGAAGGUGAAGAAAAAGUCAAACAGCAAUCCAGUUUAUCCAUAAAACAAAAUAUUGCAUCAAAAACAAAUAAACAACAUGUUAUUUCAAAAAAAAUAUUUAGUGACCAAAUUGUUGGGAAUAUACAUGAAUUUACAACAUCAAGUAACAUCAAUUAUAAAAACCAACAAACAUUUUCAGAUAAAUUGAAAAAUGACAAUGCAGUUGGUAAAAUAAACCAAUCUAAUUUAGAAAUUGAAGAAAAAAUAAUCAACAAAGAUACAUCAAAUUUACUUAAUAUGACAAAUAAAAUACAAUUAAAAAAAAAAAGUCAUAAUAUUUCUGAAGUAAUACCUAAUAUGAAAUCUGAUAAGGAUGCUGAAGUUUCCACAAUAUUGUGUUGUAAAAAUUAUUCAAAAUUAAUACCAUCAAAAGAUAAAUUGAAAUCUAUCAAUGAAAUUCCAAAAAUAUAUCAAUCUAAUUUAGAAAGCAUAGGAAAAACCAUGUUCAAAGAAAAAACAAGUUCAAUCGAAAAACAGAAUCUUACAUUAACCAAUAAUAUACUUGAUGUUAUUUGUAAAGAAACAUGUAGUAACAAAACUAAUGAGAAUAUGUUAGAGUUUGUACCAUUAAGUAACAUUGAUAAGAAAAACUAUCAGUCAUAUUUAAAUAAAUUGAAAAACACCAAUCAAUUUGAAGAUAUAAACCAAUCUAAUUCAGAAGGUAAAAAAAAAAUAAUCUACAAAAAUGAAUCAAAUUUAAUUAAUUUAAAAAAAAAUGUACCAUUAAAAAAAAGAAGUCAUGAUACUUCUAAAGUAAAUUCUAAUAUCAAAAAUGAUAAGUAUGCACAAGUAUUCACACAAAAUUGUCAUAUAAAUUGUUCAAAAUCAAUACUAUCUCCAGGUAAAUUAGAAUCUAUCAAUGAAAUUACAGAAAUAAAUCAAUCUAAUUCAGAAUGCAUAGAAAAAGUCGAAGUCAAUGAGAAAACAAGCUUAGUUGAAAAACAGAAUCUUACAUUAAGCAAAAAUAUACUUGCUGUUAUUUCUAAAGAAACAUGUAGUGACAAAACUGAUGAGAAUAUGUUAGAAUUUAUACCAUUAUGUAACACUAAUAAUAAAAACUAUCAAUCAUUUUUAGAUAAAUUGAAAAGUACCAAUCAAUUUGAAGCUAUUAAUCAAUCUUAUUUAGAAAGUAAAGAUAAAAUAACCAACGAUGAUGAAUCAAAUUUAAUUAACAUAAAAAACAAUGUACCAUUAAAGAAAAGGAGUCUUAAUACUUCUAAAAUAAUUCCUAAUACUAAUUCUGAUAAGGAUGCACAAGUAUUUACAAUACCUUGCCAUACAAAUUAUUCAAAAUCAAUACCAUUUCAAGAUAAAUUAGAAUCCACCAAUGAAAUUGCAGAAAUAAAUCAGUCUAAUUUAGAAUGCAUAGAAAAAGUUGAAGGCAAUGAGAAAACAAACUCAGUUGAAAAACAGAAUCUUACAUUAAGCAAAAAUAUAUUUUUUUCUAAAGAGACAUGUAGUGACAAAAAUAAUGAAAAUGUACAUGAAUUUAUACCAUUAAGUAAAAUUAAUAACUCAAACCAUCAAUUAAAUUCAGAUAAUUUGAAUAAUAUCAAUCAAUUUGAAGAAAAAGAUAAAUCUAAUUUAGAAAUUGAUGAAAAAAUAAUAAACUAUGAUGAAUUAAAUUUACUUAAAAACAAUAAUACAGUACUUCGAAAAAGAAUAGGUUUUAAUGGAUUUAAUGCUUCUAAAUUAAUAUCUUAUGAUCAAUCUGUUAAGGAUGCUGAAUUAUUAACAACAUCAAGUAAUAAUAAUUAUUCAAAACUAAUAGACUUUCAUGAAAAAUUGGAAUACACCAAUGAAAUCUUAGAUACAAAUCAAUUAAAAUUAAAAUGCUUAGAAAACACCAAAGUUAAAGAGCAGUCAUAUUUGUUAGAAAAACAGUAUCAAGCUUCAAGCACAAAUAAGCUAAAUGCCAUUUCUAUAGAAAUAUGUAGUGAUCAAUCCAAUAUGGAUAAUAUGCAAAAAUUUACUUUAGGUAGCAUUCAUAAUACAAACCAUCAAUCAUUUCCAGAUAAAUUGGAAUAUUCCAAUCAAUUUGAAUGUAUUAAUCAAUUCAAUUCAGAAGGUAGAGAAAAAAUAAUCAACAAAGAUGAAUCAAAUUUAAUUAAUAAAAACAAGAAUGUACCAUUAAAAAAAAGGAGUCAUGAUAUUUCUAAAGUAAUUUCUAAUAUUAAAUAUGAUAAGUAUGCACAAGUAUUCACACUAAAUUGUCACACAAAUUGUUCAAAAUCAAUACUAUCUCCAGGUAAAUUGGAAUCCAUCAAUGAAAUUGCAGAAAUAAAUCAAUCUAAUUUAGAAUUCAUAGAAAACACCGAAGUCAAUGAGAAAACAAACUCAGUUGAAAAACAGAAUCUUACAUUAAGCAAAAAUAAAUUUGCUGUUAUUUCCAAAGAGACAUGUAGUGACAAAAAUAAUGAAAAUAUACAUGAAAUUAUAUCAUUAAGUAACAUUAAUAACACAUACCAACAAUUAAAUUCAGAUAAAUUGAAAAAUAUUAAUAAAAUUGAAGGAAUAAACCAAUCUAAUUUAGAAGUUGAUGAAAAAGUAAAAAGCAAUGAUGAAUUUAAUUUACUUAAAAAUAAUAAUAGAGUACCACGAAAAAGAACAGGUCUUUAUGGACUUAAUGUUUCUAAAGCAAUUCCUAAUGUCAAAUCUGAUAAGGUUGCAAAAGUAGUUACAUCAUCAAGAAGUAGUAAUUAUUCAAAAGAAAUAGAUUCUCAAGAUAAAUUGGCUUCCACUAAUGAAGUUUUGGAUAUAAACCAAUUUAAAUUUGAAUCCAUAGAGAACAUCAAAAUCAAAGGGAAAUCAAAUUUGUUAGAAAAACAGAAUCAGACAUCUAGCAAAAAUAUGCUAAAUUUUAUUUCUAAAGAAACAUGUAGUGACAGAUCUAAUGAAAAUAUAAAAGAAUUUACUUUAAGUAACACAAACCAUCAAUUCAAUUCAGAUAAAUUGGAAAAUAUCAAUAUAAUUGAAGGAAUAAACAAAUCUAAUUUAAAAGUUGAUAAAGAAAUAAAAACUAAUAACAAAUUAAAUUUACUUAAAAAAAAUGAUAUAGUACUGCGAAAAAAAAAAGUUCCUUAUGAACUUAAUCAUUCCAAAGUAAUAUCUAAUGUUAAUUCUGACAAGAAUGUUCAAAUAUUUACAUCAAGUAACAUAUAUUAUUCGGAACAAAGAUCAUCUCCAGUUAAAUUAGAUAAAAUCCAGAAAAAAAGUGAACUUUCUCCCAUUUCUAAAAAUAUAAAGAGAAAUUAUUUUUGUCAUGUAUCUUCAGAAAAAUUUAAUCCAAAAUAUUUAGACGAAAAACUUAAAUACAGUGUAUCAGUUCAGCUUGACAGAUUGUCUGAUUACUUUAUUGCAAAAGCACUUGGUAAACAGCCGGUUAGUAAUAUCAAUAAACCAUUUACAAAGAUUAAAUUAAGUUAAAUAUAAUAUCUUAAGGGUUAUUUGUAAACUGUAAAGUGUUUGUUUUUGAUGAUUUUUCUUGUUGCAUUGCAGCAAAAUUCUGUUCACUAACCAACCUAACUGUUAGUGCUAACAAGCACUUAGGAUACUUUAAUGUAUUAGUAUAGUCCUAAACAUAUUAAAAAAUUGUGUGUACUUUUGAUAAGGUGAUAUGGAAAUGAUAUAUUUAUAUGAUGCCUAGGGCUUGGUAAGUUAAUGUAAGUAACUUAUCUACUAAAAAGUGGCAAAAUAUUCAUUAAUAUGUACUAAAAUUCUAAAAUUUUUCAUUUGAAAUAUGGAAAGUAAAAGAAAAUCAGUUUAUAAAAAAUAAUGACUACGAUAAAUUUUUUGUUCUGUGUGAGCAACUUUUCUAUUAAUGGACAUUUUUUUAGUUGGUGCAUUGGUGAAGUCAUUUUUUUCAUUUUUCAAGGGGUAUUCAUAAUAAUUGGGAAAACACAAUUGUUGAAAAAAAUGACAAAUUUUAAGGCAUGUUGCCGGAGUUACUGAUUUCAUUGUUUUUAAUGUUUCAAACUAUUUUUUCUAUCAGAAAUAUUAUUCCAAUAGAGAAAUAACAAAAUCUUUUGUUUUGCAUUUUAUUAUCAGAUGCUCACAAAGUAAGUAGUUUUUAUUAGUGAUGGAUGCUAUCAAAUGUUUUAUAUUACUUAUAGUUUUCUAUAGUUUGGAUAAAUUAUCAAAUAUUUCAUUCAAAUAUUUUUCCGUGACCGAAUACUUAUAUUUGGAAAAAAAUAUUAAAUAUUUUGAAUAGUCCGUAUUCUAAUGGUUUUUAUUGAGUCACGGGAAAAAUUAUUUGAAUUUUCGAAUAGUUUUUACUUCAUUGUUUUUCCCCAAUAUUAUUAAAAUAUUUUUGUUUAUAAUAAAACUAUUUGAUUAUAGUCUAUAGGUAAAUAAUUCUACAAAACGCUACCUGCAGUUGGUUAUACACCUUUAGUGAAUGAAAAAGAAAAAUAUUUUAAUAAUAUCUGAGAAGAAAAAUCCAAGUAAAAACAAUGGAAUUAAAACUAUUUAAUUAGUUUUUCCUGUGACCGAAUAUAAACUAUUCGUUUAGUCGAAUAGUUCGAAUGAAAUCUAUCAAGUAAGUCAACUAUUUAAAUGUGAUCAACUAUUGUAUAGUUUGUAAGUGACUAUUUGAUAGUGCCCAUCACUAGUUUUUAUAAUAGUGGUUAAAACCUCAAAAAGAACUUAAAACAAAAAUGGAUAAAUUUAUGGUAUUACAAUUUCAUUAUUUUAUAUAUUUGCGUUUUAUUUUAUCUAUCAGACAUUUCUUAAAUACUAAACCGAGAAGUUAUCUUUUUUGUUGAAUUUUUAAUCUAGUCAGUGAAUAUAAAGACAUUAUUAGUUUUCCCUGUAGUUUUUUUAAUAAUUGAGCAAACCCAAAAAUAAAUGUAGAUAAAAUGGAAAAAUGUAUGGAAUUAUUUAUUUUAUAAUUUUCAACUGUUUUUUUUUAUUGUAGUUCAGUUCUAAAUAUUCGUAGAAAUUUGAAUAUUGGACAGAAAAUUUAUAUUUGCCUUUUCUAGAUAUGGUAAUAUUUUCAAAUGUUUUAGCAAUUUUUGAGCCAUUUUAGUUUUUUUUUACAUACAUUUUAUUUGGUAGAUAGGUAUCUGAUACCUGAUUGGUGAUCAGUAGAUAAAAUUGUUCAACUAACAAAAAUUUAGCAGAAAGUUCAUUAUAAGUUGUACUCAAUGAUUAAAAGAAAAAUUUAAUGUAAUGUAGUAUUUUUUUUUUAAGAAUUUUAGUAGACAAUUUUGACGAAAAUUGCUAAAUAUUAUUGCCUUUUAAAACAUGUAUAACUAAGCUUCGUUUCAAAUUGGUUUAUCGUUGGUUUCAGGUAUAAAUUAAAUAACUUCCUGUAUUUUACCUUUCCAAAUUUCUAUCUAUAACAGUGGCACACCCUUCCUUGGCUUUUUUUUUUAAUGUUAUAUUUUAUUUAAAUAAAAUCAAUGGGUGGUAGUGAUAAAAUUGUUUCUAUUAGACUCCUGUAAUACUCAUUAAAUCCAUACUGUUAUAUUAGAAUAAAUUGAAACAAAUACUAAGAUUUUGUAAACAUGUUCAAGAAAGUAUAUAAGAAAUAAUAAUAUUCUCAAAUUUUGUUAUUUUACUUAUUUUGUUUGAUGCUUAGUGUACAUGCAUAAACGUGUGUAUUCUUAUUUUUAAUUUGAAUAGGUACAACUGGUUAUCAUUAAUAAAGAUAUAAACAUUUAGUAUUGAAUUAAUUACUCUUACUGAGUGUAAAACUACUCACUCUUUUAGCUAUCAAUCAAUGUUAUCAUUGGAAGAGCUUUAAAAAUGGCAUUAUCAUGUUCUAAAGACAUGCCUUGACAUAAUGUUAUUUAAUUUUUAUCUUUAAAAAACGGUAAACCAUUACUACUAAAAAUUCUGAGUGAACUUUGGUUAUACAUGUUUUUAAAGUCUGUAAUAUUUACAAUUUUCUUUAAAAUUUAAUCUUAAAACAGUUAUAAAACAAAUUUUCUAAAUGUUUUGAAACAUGUUAUCAAAGGUUAUUAUAAGUUUCUGUGGCAAUUUCAACCUCUAUGAUAAUUUUUAACUGAUAUACAACAAAAAAACCAAAAUUGAAAAUAAUGAAAUCAUUAAUUGUGAGAACUUUCCCAUAUUUACUACAAUUUUUUUCUAUUAUUAUGAAAACAGGUUGAAAUCAAAACAUAACUUUCUUACCUACUGUCUAGAUGCAAGAAACAACAAAAAAGGUCACUUAUCAUUUUUUGAUUAGAACAAGAUUUCUGGUAAAAAAGUUUCUCACACACACAAAAAAAAUCACAUAUCUUAGUAAACCUAAUACAUUCCUCGCUUUGCUCAAAAUCUAAAAACAUACUUAUCAUUUCAUACAUAUACAAUUUAAAAAAAAAAACCGUGAGCCAACUGAGUUCACUAGUGCUGAAUUUAUUUUCCUUGCCUAUUUGUAUAGUAAAAGUAGUUAAUUUCAAAACAAUAAAUAUUUGAAUACUACAAUAAAUUAUACCAUUUUUAUAAUAAUGGUGAAAUUUUAUUAUAAAAAUGGUAUCUCCAAAAAUACAUUCCUAACACCGUUCAUAAGUAUAUAAAAUUUGAUCCCCUUGACUUUUAUGUCUUUUUAUGGGGUGUAAAAAGCUAUAAAAAACACCAUCUACCCAAAACAAUGUGAUUGAAAUAAAAUUGAGAUUCAACUCAAUUUUUAUCAUUUUAAUUUACUAACGAAAAAAUCUAUAAUUCUCGAAUUUGAAUUAAUUUGGUCAUGUAGCCACUAGAAAUAUUUAAAAGUAGUGAGAAAAAGAUAUAUAUAUAACAGAUUCAAUACAGUGCAGUAUUCUUUAUUUUCAGGAAAAAUUUGAUAAUAAUAACAAUAACAGGCUAUUUAUGAAAAUUAUACAAAUUAAAUAUUACUAUAAGUGUCAAGUGUAGAAUCUAGGCUCAAAGCCUACACCUUUCUAUGUGACACUGUUCCUAGUUUAACAUGAAAUAUAAAAAAAAAGAAUGGUUUAUAUAAAUAAUAACUAUAGUAUAAAUACAUUUUGAUUAACAGAAAUAUGCUGCAUACUAUAUUGUUAAUGAUGAAGGACAAUUGAUUAAAACAAGUGGAUCUUCUGUUGAAUCUAGUGACAUGAUAAUAAAUAGUUGUAAUGAUUCAAAACCAAUGGCAGAAAUUAAAAACAUUUACCAAAUUAAUUCUAAUACUAAUGAAAAUGCAAAUUAUGUAUCUUGCUCAGGUCAUAAAAGUAAACUAAAUAUAUGUACAAGUAAAAAGCAAAUAGUUGGCAAUGAUAAAAUUGAUCAUUCACAGGAACAUUCUUCUAAAACUGAAGGUAAAAUACUUUUGAAUUACUGUUGUGCCUUUUUAGACGAUAUAUACAACAUUUUGAUUUGUAUUUUUUUUGUUUAAUUUAUAUAGGUAUAAGAAAUAUAGAUACCAAAGGGAUGAUAUAUAAAAAAGGACAUGAAACAAAUGCUGAUUACAGAAAAUUGUUAAAAGCACAAAUUGAAUUAGAAAUAAAUAUUCUGAGUUGUUUAAAAAUUUUAAUUACAAAUUUACAAAUUAAGUAUUUUAAUUAUGGAGCAGCAAUAACAGCAUUGGAUAGAUUACAUAAAUUCAAAUUUACUACCCUAACAUUAUUAAAAUAUAAAAUAAUAUUAGAUACAAUUUCUAAAGUGUCACUAUAUUGUAUUAGUAAUGUAAAUGAACCAAUUUCAAUUGAACAGGAAAGAAUAAUUCGAUAUAAAGCACAAACUUUAUUUAAUGUUUUAAUGUCAUUAUUUACUGUGUCUCCUGGACAAACAUUUGAAAAAGUAUAUAAUAAAGAACUUAAAAACUUUUCCAAAAAAACAAAACAUAUGGAUUCUCAUCAGAUUAUUGAAUAUACUCAGUAUUCAGAUCUAUUAUAA